AUGCCGCAUGUGGCCCCGGGGAAAAACUAUUACCUGACUAGAAUUUUGAGGGGAGUGCAGGCACGGUCCCUAGGAGGCAAGGAAGGGGCAUAUAACGCCUUACUGCAUUCGCGCAUCAUCCGGAAUGCCGCAAGUGGCCCUCACGGGGAAAAAACUGUGACCACCGAGAACAGUGCUGCUACAUCGAUCGACCGCGUUUCGGUAAAAGUGCCAGCCUUCAUCCCGUCGGAUCCAGAACUUUGGUUUUCCGUAUUGGAAAGCAGCUUUAACGCUGCGGGAAUUGUGCAGGACAACACCAAGUUUUGGUACGCGUUAAGUGGUUUAGAUCAAAAAUACGCCCUCGAAGUUCGCGACAUUAUUGUGAAACCGCGCAGCGAACGGACCUACCAACUAUUAAAACGAGAACUUAUUAAACGUAUGGGUGCAUCACAAGAACAAAAUACAAGACGGCUACUGGAAAAUGAACCACUUGCCGAUCGCAGACCGACCGAAUUCCCCGAAGAAGUUCUACAGACCCUCUGGUUAACACGUCUUCCCAAACAUAUCCAGGCCUUAUUAGCUGCACACAAAGGCCUACCACUGGAAAAGAGAGCAGAGAUCGCCGACACCAUAAUAGAAGCUUAUGGACAAAUCAACAACGUGGCUGAGACUUCCACUACAAAUGCAGCAGUAAACAGCAGCCUGGGCGUUUCUGGUCGAGAUCACGCUCGCGUUCGCAUUCACGACCAAGGGAAAAUAACGACAUUUGCUGGUACCAUCUUCGGUUCAUCAGUAAUGCAACGAAAUGUACCAAAGCGUGUAAAUUCGAAGCCAACGCUCCGGAAAACGACGGGGACAAUCGUUGAUGGCGUCCGACGACAGCAGCCCUAUUAUUUAUUACCGAUGGGUCUACGAAGAUACGUUUCCUUAUCGCCACUUGUGCCGACCUCUGUGUGUUCCCGCGUUCGGAACUUUCCGAACCACGGGAAAAAUCAAAUUACGAACUUUCCGCUGCCAACACUCACGUUAACCCUCGAUCUCGGAUUUAGACGACAGUUCACGUGGCGAUUUGUCGUGGCUGACGUCUCAAAGCCAAUCACCGGCGCCGAGUUUUUGUCGCACUUUGGUUUGCUGGUGGACAUGAAGAACAAACGUCUCCUGGACUCAACUACCCAUCUUACCUCCCAAGGGAAGGUGAUUGAGUGCGAGUCACCGUCCAUAAAGACUGUUUCUGGAGACACUCCUUUGUUUACGAACCAUUCCAUGAAGUAUCAUAUUAUCACCACUCCCGGACCACCUGUAGCGCAACGACCACUACGACUCACUCCCGACAGGUUGCGUGCUGCGAAAAAGGAAUUCGAGGCUAUGGUCAAGUUGGGCGACGAAUGGAGACCCUGUGGCGAUUAUCGUGCCCUUAACGCCAGAACGUGCCCUGAUCGAUAUCCGGUUAAACACAUUCAGGACUUUUCGCAGACGCUCAGCGGAAAACGAUAUUCUCAACUAUUAGACUUGGUACGUGCGUUCAACCAGAUCCCACUUGCUGAAGAGGAUGUUCCUAAAACAGCCAUAACGACACCCUUUGGUCUCUUCGAAUUUACUCACAUGAGCUUGGGUCUACGCAAUGCUGCGCAAACUUUUCAGCGCUUUAUUGAUGAAGUUUUGCAGGGCCUAGAACUUUGCUGUGCCUACAUAGACGACAUUCUAGUUGUUUCAGCGUCAUUGGAAGAACACCUAGACCAUCUGCGGACUCUAUUCGAGAGACUACAAAAAUAUGGAGUAGUCAUCAAUCCAUCCAUGUGCGUAUUUGGUGAACCGGUAGUCAAAUUUCUUGGCUACCGUGAUUCCGGAACCGGCACACACCCGUUGCCCGAAAAGACACCAGAAGCUACUCAGGCAUUCGAAGCUUGCAAAGAAUCCCUAUCGCAAGCUACGCUGCUUGCCCACCCGAAGAUGAACGCAACCUUGGCAAUUUUUACCGAUGCCUCGGACUACGCCGUCGGAGCUGUUCUGCAGCAGCUCGUGGACAACAAUUGGCAGCCUUUAGAUUUCUUCUCUAAGAAAUUAAGUCUUGCCGAACUAAACUAUGCUGCUUACGACCGCGAGUUUCCCACCCGGGAAUUAACGCGACGGUGA